ACAAAUCAGCUGUCGACGAUGAUGCACCAGCGAUGGUGCCGUCAUACGAUCCCAAAACUGCGAUUGCAACUAAAGCCGAAUACGACGAGUAUGUGAAGACCAUUGAGCAGCACAUGAGCAUUCCACUACGCAAGGUGGCCGUGCUGACGUCGGUGUGGAUUGUGCUGUUCGUGUGCUCCAUCUCUAAGAAGUUUCUGGGCUGCAACUGGUCCUUUGUGGCGCUGUCAGUGGUGCCGUUCUUCUACGCACUGGCGAUCACAAUGUGGCGGUCAUCAAUUGCCGUGCACGAGUACAACCUCAAGAUAAAAUGCCAGCACGUAUUCCACCCCACAGACUUCAUCUGGACCCCUUCGACUGUGGUGACGUAUCCUGGGGUGGCGUUUAUGGCUGGUGUCACUGCGGGUGCGGUAGGCAUAGGGGGGGCUAUGGUACUAGGACCAAUUCUACUGCUUAUGAGCAAGGAGACUGAUCCGGUAGGUGUUAUGUGGAUAGGGCUAAGGUGUUGUGUGGGUAGGGCUAUGGUACUAGGACCAAUCCUACUGCUCAUGAGCAAGGAGAAUGAUCCGGUAGAAGUUUCACAAUUCGUAUGA